AUGGCUGCAGCAUUUCGCGGUCUUUUCAGCGGAGGAAGGCAAUCUGCCAACCGUGCUGACGUUGCGAAUGAAGACGGGCCGGCACCAGGAGAUGUGGUUGUGACUGGUGUUCCUGUGGAUUCCGAAGUGGCACAGUCUGAAGCGGUUUCUUCGGCUUCAGCGGCUGCAGCGUCUGUGGAUCUCACGGUGAUGACGCAGCAGGUGAGAGAUCAACGUGCUGAGAUUGCAGAGGCUUUGGUGCGCAACAUGAGGCAAUUCCGCCCCAACAUUUGCCUCCUGAGCAAUGACCAGAUCCUGCGGCACGCCUGUGACAUUGCCAUGGCUCCAGACUGGAUGCAGAACACCUACAACACUGAAGUGGACUUUACCUGGGCCUUUGCUGGCUUCAAUGUCCUGCUGAGCUCCUUCUUUCCUGGCGGCACCAAGACCAAGGCGGCUAUGGAUGAAGUGGCUGCAAGUAUGAAGUUGCCUGAUCCAUCGGUGGUGGACGAAGCCAAGAAUUUGCUGCAGGUCAUGCCAAUGCGUCAGAGCGUUCCCCCCCGCUGGCAAGUCAUUGCAUCUUGUGCCCGGGAGAUUCUGGACCAGUUUUGCGAAGUUACUCCCGCAGAGCAGGGCACCGUGUACACGGGGAAGAUUCUGCUGCUGCCCUUUGUGAUGAAUGGACAGGCCAGAGGCUAUGAUCUUCAAGAAGUCGAGGCAGACGGCUGGGCUGGGUGGGCCCUCCCGUUCAACAGAGACGAUGGCAAACUCAUGCACAUCACAAUCUACGCCAGGGAUUGCUUGCAUUUUGUCAAGGCUUUCCUGAACAAGUCUGGCUUGGGAGUCGGACGGUCUGAGCCUCGCAGCUUGCUUGCUCUUCAAGGGGAUGAGGAUGAGACGGUCGCCUUGGAGGCUCGCAACAAGAUGCUCCUGAAGAACAGCUUUUUCCAUGCCGCCUCCGAGCCGCAUCGUCAGGAGAUGCACAGGGCUGGAUUGCUCUUCUCAGCUGACAACGACAAGACCGUCCGCAACGAAAUGCUCUGCAUCCUUUCCACUUUGGAGCCUGGCUUUUCGCAGCUUGUGGACGGCGGGGUCGCAAUGACCAACUCGUCAAUUUGGGUCACAUCCAGCGGCUUCUUUUACGUGUUGCGUUUUGCACCCAUCCAGACGGCCAACAAGAAAUUCGUGACCCCGCUGUUCACAUUGAAGGCUGAGAUUGUGAAGGGGGACUUCGUCAACGAUGACUUCAUGGUCCGACAGAAAAGGGAAGUGGACGUGAUGUUCGCCGGGGGUGGAGCAGAUGAUUUUGGAUUGGUGUGGGAUGGCUACCAGGUGGAACGGGCUAUCGCAGUGAAGAAGAGCGGCACCUGCCACGUGGUGGCCUUGCAGCUUAUCCGCCGCUUGGAUGCUGUUGGCGCGCCCUACAGCAUCUGCGUUGCUCGAUGCCAGAGGGCUCCGGGAGGCCUCCACUUGGGAUUGCUGCAAGGAGGAGCCCAGCAGUAUUGCGUGGACACGAUGCGGCAGACCGGAGAUGCCGAGCAGAGCCGCGCUGCAGCACAGAAGGGCAGCGGCAAAAAAGGCUGGGGCAACAACAGCGGCUGGAGCGGCAACAGCGGCUGGAGCGGCAACAGCGGCUGGAGCGGCUGGGGCGGCUCUGGCAGCAAGGGCGGCUCUGGCAGCAAGGGCGGCUCUGGCGGCUGGGGCAAGCCAAGCGGGCACGGCACUGGCUGGGGAGCACCGUUAACCACGACCUUUCAAGGGCCAGUGCGUCCUGGCCCAGGGAUGGCAACUCAAGCGCCUCCUCAAGCAGCCUCUCAAGCGGCUCCUCAAGCGGCUCCUCAGGCUUCUGCGGCUCCUGAGGCAGAUCCAUGGGCCGGAUGGGAUACCAAUGACGAUGGGGGCAAUGAUGGGGACGGCAACGAUGGCGGGUACAGCGGCUUUGCGGAUCCAUCUGAUGCCUGGCAGACACAUCAAUGA